AUGGAGCCGGCCACAGAGAGCGAGCACGGCAGCCCCCCGGAGCCCAGUGCCCUGCAGCCUCCUGGGGGCACCUCGUCUUUAGCCACCGGCUCCCAGCCUUUCCCAGGCCGAGAGCCACCGCAGGAUGAGCGGCAUCUCCGGAUCAGCGAAAGCGGUCAAUUUAGUGACGGGUUGGAGGAUAGAGGUUUACUAGAAAGCAGCACAAGACUAAAACCUCAUGAAGCUCAGAAUUACAGAAAAAAGGCAUUAUGGGUAUCCUGGUUCUCCAUCAUUGUUACAUUGGCACUGGCAGUGGCUGCCUUUACUGUCUCCGUAAUGAGGUACAGCGCCUCUGCUUUUGGGUUUGCUUUUGAUGCCAUCUUGGAUGUUUUGUCAUCAGCAAUUGUCCUGUGGCGCUAUAGCAAUGCAGCAGCUGUACACUCUGCACAUAGGGAAUACAUAGCCUGUGUGAUCUUGGGGGUGAUAUUUCUUCUGUCAUCUAUAUGUAUAGUGGUCAAAGCCAUCCAUGACCUUUCAACAAGGCUGCUCCCAGAAGUGGAUGAUUUCCUGUUCAGUGUUUCCAUUUUAAGUGGGAUCCUAUGCAGUGUCUUGGCUGUGUUAAAGUUUAUGUUGGGAAAGGUUCUGACGAGCAGGGCUCUGAUAACGGAUGGCUUCAACUCACUUGUGGGUGGAGUGAUGGGCUUCUCCAUUCUACUCAGUGCAGAAGUAUUCAAGCACAAUGCAUCUGUCUGGUACCUGGAUGGCAGUAUAGGAGUGUUGAUUGGACUGACCAUUUUUGCCUAUGGAGUCAAAUUACUCAUCGACAUGGUGCCUCGGGUGAGGCAGACCCGCCAUUAUGAAAUGUUCGAAUGA